CGGGUCGGACAACACCUUAUAUAAAGCAUACAAAGCAAUCUAGGAGUCAUAUCUUCACAAAAAAGCUUAGAAAAGAAGAAUUGAGAGAAUUAGUUGAUUCAGAGUGAUGGCUAGCUCCAUAGCAUCUCGUUGGAGAGAACUCAGCGGCGAGAAAAACUGGGAGGGCCUAUUGCAUCCUCUUGAUCUUGAUCUCCGUCGCUGCAUUAUACACUAUAGUCAGAGGGCUGGGGCUACUGGAGAUCUCUUCAAUAACAACAAGGCAUCUAAGAGUUUCGGACUUAGCCUAUAUCCACCAGAUGAAUAUUUUUCUAGGGCUGGUCUUGAAAUUGGAAAUCCAUACAAAUACCGGGUGACCAACUUUAUAUAUGGCGCUGCAGCUGCUAGUGUGUCCGAAUACUUUGGAUAUGUGGCAGUGGCCACAGAUGAAGGAAAUGCUGUUCUAGGAAGGAGGGAUAUUCUAGUUUCAUGGAGAGGAAGCAUAACGAGUGCGGAUUGGGCUGACGAUGCAAACUUCUUCCUAACAUCAGCUAAAGAAUUAUUCGGAACUGACUCAGCUCAGGUGCACUCUGGCUUUCUCUUUAUUUAUACAGGGAAAGUGGCGGAUUCUCUUUAUAGUAAGACCAGCGCCAGAGAUCAGGUUCUAAGGGCCGUCCAAGAACAGGUUGACCAGUACCAGAAUGAAGAUUUAAGCAUAACCGUAACAGGCCAUAGCCUGGGCGCCGCUCUUGCAACCCUGAAUGCUACGGACAUAGUUGCCAAUGGUUUUAACAAGCCAACAGGUAACUCGGAUAAGUCAUUCAUGGUCACAGCUUUUCCAGUUGCCAGCCCUCGCGUUGGGAAUGGAAAAUUCAAGGAAAUAUUUGAUGGACUUAAGGAUCUUCAUCUCCUACGCAUAGUGAAUUCCACAGACCCUGUUCCUAAGUUUCCAAUAGGAUUUGGCUACACCCAUGUGGGAAAAGAGUUAGGAAUUGACACAACGAAGUCAACGUACUUGAAAUCGUCUACUAAUCCUCACAAUCUGGAAGCUUACGAGCAUGGAGUUGCAGGGGUGCAAGAAAAUGGAGAAUUCAAAUUGGAAGAGGAACUUGAUUUUGACAAUGCAGUCCUAAACAAAUAUGGUGAUCAUUUACUGGACGAGUAUGAAAUUCCAAUUGAAUGGUGGAACAAUGAGAAGUUCAAAGGCAUGGUUCAGAUGGAUGACGGUCACUGGAAGUUUGUUGACUCUGCUUAUGUGCCAGAUCCUCCAAGUGUUUGAUCUUGGCAAAUGCUCGAGGUCUUCCUCCUUUUAAAAUGGAAUCAAAUAAAAGUGUGUUUCUAUCCCGAAAAUAAGUACCUCUACAUUUAGAGCAGUCCAUGUGGAGGGGUGAGUUCGUGAUUUCCUUUAAAUAAGUUGGACAUUAAGUCUGGUUUGUCAGUAGUAGAUAAAUUAGGUCGUCAAAAUAAUUGUGUUGUCUGUACUUUGUGUUAUAUUAUUGGUGAAUGAAUAUGACUUUUAUGUCAGAAAUAAUUUAGUGAUA